ACUUCAAACAAUAUGAAACGCGCACCUGCCCACCGGCCGACCGAAUUGGCGCCUAUUGCCCCUCAAACUUGACAGCUGUCGGACGCGGGAAAUUAAAAAAAAAUAGAAAAUAAAUACAUAAAAAAAUUAAAUAUUAAAAUCAGCAUAGAACGUUCUUUUUUAAAUUGAAUGUGUUAAACUCGACGCGUGUUUGAUAUUUAAAAUAAAAUGAAGAUGGCUGAAAGUUGCGUUAAAAUAUUGUUUGUUUUGUGUUUGACUGUAAUCUGUCAUACUGGAGAAGCAGCGGAUGAAAUUAUUACAACAUUGCCGGAAUACCUAUUACCAUGCAGCCGAAGCGAUCCUGAAUUAGACAACUGCAUCAAAAGGUCCUUUAACCACCUACGUCCAUAUCUCGCAAGAGGCUUAACAGACCUUGAUGUACCACCAGUAGAACCCCUCCUCAUAGACAGGCUGGUGAUGGAAAAUGCUGCUGGACCAGUUCGAGUAACAGCUACCUUCAGUAACAUUACUGUGAUCGGGCCAAGUAACUACACAGUUACCAAAAUAAGAUCUGACUUAAAGAAGUUACGCAUAGACCUGGGACUCGUUCUGCCUCGCAUCGAAGUUACUGGCCGCUACGAAGUAACCGGCCAAGUUCUACUAUUUCCUGUUCGCUCCCAGGGUGACUUUUGGGCGUCAUUUACUGACGUUGCUGCUAUAGUGAAAAUCUUUGGCAUGGAGUUUCUUCGCCAAGACACGAAGUACAUGACGGCUGAUCGAAUGCUGGUAGACUUCAAACUCCGGGGCUCCAGAUUCAAAGUCCGGGAUACCGUCAACUACGGCAGUGUUAUUGGUGAAGCAAUGAACCAGUUCCUGAACAACAAUGCAGCUGAAAUCAUCGAUGAAAUGCGUCCAGCUGCUUCGGCGGCAAUCGGCAAGCACUUCAAGGUGUUCCUUAAUGCAGCUUUUGAGAAAAUUCCAGUCGAUCUCUGGUUGACACCCUAAUACUGUGGUGAGAUUGUUAUUAGCUAUAGCUAUUUUAUAGGAAAUGUGCGUGUAUUUUUUCCCAAUAAAAAUAGUGUAGUUAAAAGUCACAGACUAAAAAGCGAACUAGAAAUGUAAUACGUCAAAUGUAAGAAUAAACAUGCAUCGAGCAUAUAAGUGUAUGGAAGUCCAAAUAAUUAGAACCGAAUUGGAUUGCAUAAAAAAAAUCGAAUUAAAAUGUGCCAAUUGACUUC